AUGAGCAGUGCUGAGCGUUCGUGGCUACGAGUAGACCGGAGAGCGACGGUCUUCAUGUCGCGUGCUGCACGCAAUAGCAGCGUGUCCGAGGCGUCGGAGCUCUCGCAGGCGCCGCCUCUGCGGCGCCGGGCUGCUCUUCGCUCCUCCAGCGGCAAGGGCAACACAGCUGGCGACGGACCGGCUGGAGCAAACAGCGGGAGACAGCAGGCGGCGCCGGCUGGCUCGAGACCUGCGCAGCGAAGCCGUUCGCGUCAGCGCCCCGCUGGCACUGCCAGCGUGCCCGAGAGCCCCGACGCUCUCAUCCGCGCGUGCAAGAGGCAGACCCGCUCGCUGCAGCGGGACCGCAUGAUCGAGCACCGCGACGCCGCCAGGCAGGCACAGCAGGCUGGGGCGGUGCGGCGAUCAGCCAGCGCGAGGCGGCCAAAGCCCGCGAUGCGGCCCGGCACCGAAGAGACGGAGGCAGCGGCCAGCGCGUCGGUGCCCGAGCGGGAUUCGGAGGUGGAGAGGCGGGAGGUGCCGGGGUACGACCGCUGCGAGCUCUCCGACGGCGACUACGACAGCGAGAAGGAGCAGAUGGGGCGACCGCCCGCGCGGGCGGCCAAGGCGGCGACGGCCCGCUCGCGCAAUGAGGCCGAGGAGGAGCAGCGCGAGGAGGAGGACCGUUUCGUGGCGAUGUACGACGACAGGAGCGACGCGACGACGCCGAGCGAGGCGAGCAGCUCGCGCGACGCCGAUGAUGGCGAGAGCGCGAGUGAGAGCGAACCGCUUUACGCGGUGCGGAGGAUCUUGGCGCUCAAGCGGGUGUGGGGCGGGAAGCUCGAGUACGAGAUUGAGUGGGAGCCCGACCCGACGACAGACGAGACCUACGACUCCUCCUUCGAGCCCGAGGACAACCUCGCCUCCAGGGCGUCCACUGGCGGCCAAACCUGGCGUGCUAUUGGAGCAACCGACCUGCUGACCGAGUGCGCUAUCGAGAGCUGCCCAUCUCACAGUGUGGACUACGUUGCGCUGAUGACGAAGGACCGCUUCGUCGAGGUGCAGGCCCACCUGUCCUUUGAGCUCCCCGGCAGCAUGCGGUACCCCACCGACCCGUUCCGCAAGCUGCGAUAUGUCGACAAGGCCCUCCUCCUCGCAGCUACGUGGGCGUGGGACCCGGAGCCCUUCGCCUGCCUCGACGAGUCGCGGGUUGCCACCCACUCGCAGUACUGCCCGUUCAGGCAGCAGAUGAUGUGCAAGCCGAUCAAGGACGGCUGCACCGUGUACACCUUUGUCUUCGAGAGCGGCUACCUCUACGCGUGGGAGUGGUUCCUCGGGGCAGCUGCCGACACGCCGCUCCCGCUCGGGCAGCCAACUGACACAGCUCCGCUCGACGAGGACAACUCCGGCUUCAUCGUGAACAUCGUGAAGACGCUCGCCGGCCGACCCGAGUUCCACGGCACCGGCAUGACCGUCGUGACGGACAAGGGCUACACGAGCAUAACGGCUGCCAUGUACCUCGCGUCGUGCGGCAUCUUCCUGGUCGGCAUGCUCCGCACCAAGGGCAGGCCUGACGCGCACGGGCGCAAGUGGUACCUCAAGGCGGAGGUGUGGCUCGACUCGCGCUUCUGCACCCUCAUCGGGACCGUCAUCUUCGAGGUCAGCGACGUCCAGGUACGCCGCUGGUCCAAGACCUCCAAGGCCUACAUCCUCAUCGCAUGCUCACGGAUGGCCAAGCUGUACCAGAAGCACAUGCCGCACGUCGACCGCUACAACGACCGGCACCAGAGCACGAACAUCUCCAUGGGCUACUGCAGGCAGCGCUACACCCGUGCGCUGUUUAUCGGCUUUCACUUGGCGAUGCUGGUCUGCAACACCGUCACGAUCGUCUGCUGGCUCAUUCCGGCCGCGGUGCUCGGCAAGCUGAAGCGGCGCGCCAAGAACGUCGGCGGCAUCCUUCGCUUCUCGCAGAUGCUGCUCGCCGAGAGCCUCUGCGACUUGGGUGUGUGGCUAGCCAAGCAGGAGCUGGGCGACGCCGACCAGCGGGCUCGCUCGAACCUCGCGCCGCACUGGAUGUCGCGCCAGCAGCAGCGGCGUGCUCGGCCUCUGCCAGGCCUGUUCCCAGAGGUCCACGAGAUUAAGAACUUCAAGACGGACUUUAGCACGCGUGAGCGGCUGCGGCUUGGCCUCCCUUCUGGUGGCAGGAGCAACUGUGCUGGCUGCCUGCUACUCUGUGAGGAGGUGGAGGGCUCGUCGCAGCAGACGCCGGGGGGGCACGCACGCUUCUAUCUGCCUAGCGGCCUGCGUGUCCCGGAGCCACGGUUGGGCUGCGUCGUGUGCAAGGUCAACCUCUGCAAGAAGUGCAGGAGGCCUGUGGCCAAGGGAGGCUGGGACCAUGUUGGCUACUGCCAUGGCCAGCUCCCUCCAGUCUCUGGAUGA